AUGGCUUUUGAAGGAUAUACUGGUGUUUUCCAAGCCUUCAGAUACUUGAUAGUAUUAUAUUUAGUUAUAUCGCUUAUAAACGCAGCUAAUAUCACAGAAAUGGAGAAUCUUCAUAUGUCGUUAUUCACUGGCUAUAACAAAAAUGUGCGUCCAAUAACGGAUCAAAGCUUGACCAUAGACGUAAAAGUAUUUAUGUAUAUAAAGUCUAUAAAAGAAUUCGACGAAGUGCAUGAAAAGUUUUCUUUUGUUGCAGCCUUGCAACUUCACUGGAUGGAUGAAAAGUUACGUUGGGACAAAAAGCUAAAUGGUGGAAUCGAGCAAAUAACAGUAUCUUACGAUGACGUAUGGGUACCAGAACUGACUUUGUCUAGUCUUUCUUCAACAGGAACAACAAUAGGGAAACCAUCAGACAGAAUCCGUGUUAAUGAUUGGGGUGAAAUUGAGUGGAUGCCAGCGGGUCUCAUUGAAAGCACGUGCAACGUUAACGCUAAGAAAUUUCCCUUUGAUACUCAGAGUUGCGAUACUAAAUUUGUGUCCCUUGGGUACAAGAGCAAUGAAGUAAAUCUUGUAGCUGGAGUUCCAUACGUUAUGUUUAAUGUAUAUUCUCCUCAUGCAUUAUGGGAUGUCACUGGAUCAGAAGUAAAAACGACGCUUUUAGGAUCUGAUCAUGAGGUUGAAAUAACAUUCACUUUACACUUGAAAAGGGAUGCAACUUUCGCGGUGAUUAACAUAAUAAUGCCCAUAUCUGUACUAAGCUUAUUAAAUGUUCUUGUAUUUAUUUUGGUGCCAGAAGCGGGAGAACGUAUAGGGUACUGCAUUACGACACUUCUCGCAAUUGCUGUUUACAUGACCAUUGUCAAUGACUUUCUGCCCCAGACUUCACAGCCAGUACCGCUUAUUUCCUACAAGUUGAUGAUUGAUUUGCUCACAAGCGCGAUGAUAGUUUUUGUUACCAUCGUAAACAUGCGACUAUAUAGUAAAGACGAUAAUAAUAGUGUACCAAAGCUGCUAAAAUUCGUAUACAGAUUUUUAUUUUGUACCGGCAGAAAAAUUUAUCCAGACGACACCGCGGGAAUCAAAGCAGAAAGUGAAAACAAUUUAAAUGAAAGAAGUGCAAUGCAGGAAAAUCCAUCUAAACAUAAAGAAAAUAAAAUCUCCAACGACCUUGAACAUUCAGAGAAGGACGAUGGUCUUAUAACAUGGAAAAGAAUAAGUUACAUGAUCGACUGGAUUGCUCUUUUUACUUGUUUGCUUUUCUCAGUGAUCAAUAUGAUCAUAUUUAUUGGAAUGACAACCUCGUAG